CUUUUAAAACAGUUACUAUUCCAUCAACCUUCAUUCUUCAACCUUUGGCUAACUUCCUCGUACUUUGCUAACAUGUUCCGCAUAAGCAACACCGUUGUCGGCGCGCUCAACAUCCUGUCCUUGCUCCUGGGCGUGGCCGCCGUGGCCUCCUCCGCCUACAUCCACAUCCGCGGCGGCUCCGACUGCCAGAAGGUCCUGCAGGUGCCGCUUCUAGUCGGCGGCAUCUUCGUGGUUCUCGUCUCCGCCUUGGGAAUCGUGGGGUCACUGUGCCGCGUCAACACGGCGCUCUACGCCUACCUCUUCGUCACGUUCGCGCUCAUCGUGGGCCUCGCCUUCUUCACCGUCUUCACGCUAUUCGUGACGAACAGGAAGGUGGGGCAGCAUGUUUCCGGCAAGGGCUACGGCGAGUACAGGGUGGCCGAUUUCUCGCACUGGCUGCAACGCUACGUCGUCAACAACAAGAACUGGGAUGAGGUGAAGAGUUGCUUGAUUGACGCGCACGUGUGCCAGAACCUCGCCAUCAACGGUGGCCGCAACAACGACUCCCUCAUUUUCAAACACCUCUCCACCACGCAGUCUGGUUGUUGUAAACCACCAGCGUAUUGUGGGUUCAUAAUGAAGAAUGGUACGUUCUGGGAAGAGCCAAAGAAGGGUCCAGCAGUGAAUAAUUCUGACUGCAACACUUGGAACAACAGAGAAGACAAACUGUGCUACGAUUGCAAUUCGUGCAAGGGAGGAGUUUUGGCAAACAUAAGGAACCAAUGGAGACGUCUCACUGUGUUCAACGCAUGCGUGCUUUUGGUCGUCACUGCCAUAUAUGCCUUGGGCUGCUACGCCAUCAAGAACAACAGAUUCGAUUCACAGUGCAACCACCCCAAAACACCAUCUCCUUGAUUCCUCUACUGUUCUUGCGUGCAUCAUAU